AUGACAGGACAACAGUUGGUUCUGUUUGGCAACAGCUCUGAUCGUCAUAGCCACCAAAGUAGUGAGAUAUUCACUACCAAGUUCACUACUUUAUGUGGUACCUUCCACUUGCUCCCUCGUGCUGAAAAAAUUCAAGUUUACUUUCUAUAUUUAUAUUAA